UAGGGCCCAUAAUGUAACACAAAUAGAAAAAUGACCAUUUCAAGUUCAUGAAAGCUGUAUCUUUCCUAUCUCACGCUCCACUAUAUAGCCUAACACACUGUCAAGUAGACAAACUGUUUAUGGUUGGAAACCUAGAAACAUUAUUUUUAUUUCGUAUAAUUACCGCAGGGCAAGAUCAUAAAACACAAUAGCGGUAAAGGUGUGGACUAUUAAUGCAAACAAGUUUUUCUAUUUAAUUCAGCUUUCUUCUGGAAAGCUGCAGUCCCAGACUUUUCUGUUCUGCUCCUCUAUGAAAGAUCGCUUCUGUGGAGAUCCUCUGAAAGCCUCGGGAGUUCUGGGGGUGGGGCUGAUCUGAGUAUAUACAGUAUAUUUAUCUGAUUCAGAAACGCUUCAUUCUUCACGUAAUCUUCAAACGUCUUCAUCCAGUGCGACACGCGCGGGACACGACUGCAAUAAAUACACCGGCGUUGAGCUUCUCACAUCCAGCAUAGAGACCUACUGCUCCACACCGGGUAAAGAUGCCACACCCACCAACCCAUUGACCUCGGAAAGAGUCUAUAACAUCCCCAUUAAUCAUCCAAGAUGAACACCUCGGAGCUCACCACCCUGUCUCUCUUGGCCUUCUCCAUCAACUCCAGCUCUGUCCCUUACCCGUUCAAUGCCACUGAGACCCCAUCCCACACGAAGCCGAAAGCAUGCGAGCAGCUCAACAUCGCCACCGAGGUGUUCCUCAUCCUUGGUAUCGUGAGCCUUCUGGAAAACAUCUUGGUCAUCUGUGCCAUCGUGAAAAACAAAAACUUGCACUCGCCCAUGUACUUCUUCGUGUGCAGCCUGGCUGUGGCCGACAUGCUGGUGAGCGUCUCCAACGCCUGGGAAACCAUCGUCAUCUACUUGCUCACCAACCGACAGCUGGUGGUGGAAGACCACUUCAUCAGACAGAUGGACAACGUCUUUGACUCAAUGAUCUGCAUUUCUGUGGUAGCAUCCAUGUGCAGCCUUUUGGCUAUAGCUGUGGAUCGCUAUGUUACCAUUUUCUACGCUUUGCGGUACCACAACAUCAUGACAGUGCGACGGGCAGCCCUAAUCAUCGGAGGCAUAUGGACCUUCUGCACAGGCUGUGGCAUUGUCUUCAUCAUCUAUUCUGACAAUACAUCCGUCAUUGUGUGUUUGGUCUCCAUGUUCUUCAUCAUGCUGGCGCUCAUGGCUUCUCUCUACAGUCACAUGUUCAUGUUGGCCCGAUCUCACGUCAAGCGCAUCGCUGCCCUGCCGGGCUACAACUCCAUUCACCAGCGGGCCAGUAUGAAAGCAGCUGUCACCCUAACUAUUCUCCUGGGCAUCUUCAUCGUAUGCUGGGCUCCAUUCUUUCUCCACCUCAUCCUCAUGAUCUCCUGUCCUAGAAACCUCUACUGUAUGUGCUUCAUGUCUCAUUUCAACAUGUACCUCAUCCUCAUUAUGUGCAACUCCGUCAUCGACCCGCUUAUUUACGCUUUUAGAAGCCAAGAGAUGCGGAAAACCCUUAAGGAGAUUAUCUGCUGCUAUAGCCUGAGGAAUGCAUUUGGGAUGUCAAGGUAACAUCAAACCGGAGGUAAAAUAAGUGAUGGAUUAUCACAGCACUAAUGGACCUUUUGAAGAAUUCCAACUACUGGCUGAUCUAGAUUAUUGUCUAGACACCACUCUUCAGAAAUGACACUCUUAAUGCAAAAUGCGGAUCAAAACAAAAGGUAUUAAUCAAAAUAAAACCUUUAUUUUGCACUUUAUUCUACAGUAUGUGCACAACGGUGUACUUGCCCAACACAUGCACUUAUGGGUUAGGUUCAGGGUUGGUAUCAUAGUAAUUACAAAGUUACAUAGUAUGUACAUAUAGCUACAAAAGAUGUAAUAAGUCAUGUUUAAUAAGACUAUUGUCUAUAUUAAAGGAAUAUUCAAUUUUCUUAAAAGAAAAAUCCAGAUAAUUUACUCACCACC